AUGAGUGGAUUUUCUGAUUUGAACCUUGGCAACCGCAAGAACAGUACUGGUAGUAAUGGCGUGGUUGCUGGAGGUAUAAUAGGAAGUGCAGUGGGUGGAUUUUCCGAUGGUAUUGGAAUGUCUGAUGCUGGAUUAGUUCUCUCUCCCCGAAGUGGAACUCAAGUGCUGAAUGGAACGGUGCCUAGUUCUGCAGGGACGAGUAAUAUCAACAGUGGUAAUGGGAGUGGACCACUAACUCAGUCAUAUAUAUCCCUUAUCCAGAGUCCGACUUCGUCAGUUGGGUCGGCCAAGUUAGCGGGAAUUUCUACUGCGUGGGAAAGGUGGUCACAAGGAGGAAGUACUAACGGCAGUGUUAAUGCUGAAGGGGGUCAAACAAGUAAUAGGAACAGGGGUCUAUCUUGGGAUGGAAGGAUUGUUGAAGGAAUCAACCCAGGUGUGGCUUCAUCAAAUAGAAGAACGAGUGCCGUCACUGAACCAGCAGGUUUGGUGAGCGCUAGUUCAGUUUACGGGCUUUCUCCUGGCCUUUCCAAUUUAACGCUUUCUCCUUCGAGAGGUAAUAUCAAUCUUGCAUCAUCUUCAUCACCAAGAGUUGAAGAUCAGUACUUUGCAUACGAGUCCAGAAAAACGGUAGCUGGAAGUAGCAGUAUCGGAGACAUGGAGUUACCAACUUCAUUCAGAAACCAACCUAAAUCUCCUCCCUACUUUAUUCAAAACCAGGCUCAGAGUCAGGUCCAAACUCUCAACCAAAGUUCACCUUUGAGUCUAAGAGAUCGAUUGGCCCAAAUUGCUGAGGCCACGCGGGAAGCUGAGUUAUUGGCAGAUCGACAACAGCAGCACCAGCAGCAGCAGCAACAGCAACAGCAAGGUCAAGCUGUGUUUUCUCAGCAGAAUUCGGUGUCAACAUUUAGCUCUCCUUCUUCGACUUCUGGAAUAGCGUCAAUUAAUAACAGUACUACCAACCUUCCUCCAUUUUCUUCACCAGGAGUUGGUGGGAGUGUAUUUGAGAACAUUGGAGGCAGUGCAUCAGUUAGUACUGCUACGAAUGGCAGUACGAGUGGGAGCCUUGAUACUGCUACUCCAGUAUAUUCAGUUCCACCAAAUGCUGCUCCUAAUUACUCUGACAAACAGUCGAGAUCAAGCUCUUUCAGUUCUGUAUGGCACAAUAACAUUAGUACUGAGGAGCCUGAGCAUAACAUUGCAUCACAAAACUCGCAACCAGUCAAGCCUCCAUUUUUCUUUUAUCCUCAACAACAGCAACAGAAUCUCCAUCAACAAUCUCAAAUGUAUCCCCCGUUUGACCCUAAUAGUGAAAUUGCUGCUGAGUUUGUUGAUUAUCCCGCUUCUGCAUGGUCUAAAGGCUCUUCAGCUUUGACCUCAGGUGCUGGAACACCACCUGUGAGGUCUGACUCUCAAGGGUCGGAUCAAGGAGGAGCACUGAGGCAACAGUUCCAACAACAGUUUAUUUCUGGAGCUAAAUUCCCGUCAACAUCCCGAGGGAGCGGCUCUUCUUUUUCGUCUGCAUCCGGCUUUUUCAGGCCAUUUGAACCAAAUGGAACUACUGUUGCAGCCGAUAGUUCGGCUAUUUUUGAACCCUCUUUCAUGGUGGGCGGUUCUCAGUCAAAUGGCAAGAACCAGGCUCAACAAAACCAAUCGCCCCAUACGCAACAAUCACAGAACCCACAAUUACGAUUACAAUCCCCAACACCUGCACAGUCACAGCAGUCCCCUACUUUUCAUCACCAGCCUCGUUCCUCCAAGCGUAAUAACGACCAUAUGCCAUCAUCUGUCCGAUCUCCUCUUCUCGAAGAUUUCCGUAACAACAAAAGCAAAAAGUUUGACUUGAAAGACCUGUAUGGCCACGUUGUCGAGUUUUCUGGAGAUCAACACGGAUCGAGAUUCAUUCAACAGAGGCUUGAAACAGCUUCUCCUGAAGAGAAGGAUAUAAUUUUCAAUGAGGUAAGGCCGAACUGCCUGCAGCUAAUGACGGAUGUGUUUGGUAAUUAUGUUAUUCAGAAAUUUUUUGAGCUGGGCAAUCAACUACAGAAAACAGUGCUUGCUAAGCAUAUGGAGUCGCAUAUUCUAGAUUUAUCACUCCAGAUGUAUGGCUGUAGAGUCGUUCAAAAGGCUAUUGAGCAUGUUCUUCUUGAUCAACAAAUAAAGCUUAUUACUGAACUUGAUGGACAUGUAUUGAAAUGUGUCAAGGACCAAAACGGCAAUCAUGUUAUCCAGAAAGCGAUAGAGCGAAUCCCCGCUGGAAAUAUCAAGUUUAUUUUUGAUUCUUUCCAUGAUCAGGUUUACCAACUGGCUACUCAUCCGUAUGGUUGUCGAGUUAUUCAACGUAUGUUGGAGCAUUGUGACGAGCCAGCUAGACGUGUUCUUCUGGAUGAGCUGCACACAUACACAACAUACCUUGUCGAAGAUCAAUAUGGCAAUUAUGUGGUUCAACAUGUGAUCGAACAUGGUCAGCCCGAGGAUCGCGCGAAAGCCAUAGCAGUUGUGAGGGAUUCACUGGUGACCUUCUCGAGACACAAAUUUGCAUCGAACGUUGUUGAAAAGUGUGUUUUAUUUGGAUCUGAAUCUGAGCGUAGGGAUCUGAUUGAUGAAAUUCUGAAAGCACGGUCUGAUAAUACUUCCUCUGUGGCUAUCAUGAUGAAAGAUCAAUUUGCAAAUUAUGUUAUUCAAAAACUUCUUGAGGUUAGCAAAGGCGAUGACUAUGAUAGGCUAGUAAAUGCCAUCAAGCCACAACUUCAAUCACUUAAGAAGUAUACAUAUGGCAAACACCUUGUGUCGAUUGAGAGGUUGCUUUUUCCAGAAGACAAUUCUGGACCGACAAUUUCUUCAUCAAUAAACAGCCAGAAGAAGACCAAUGCGGCCUCGCUUCCAACUAGACGAUAG